AUGCAAAAGAAACGUCUGGAAUCAUCUUUUUGUAGUACAAGUACAGUGCCAAGUAAGAAGAUUGCAGAUGCUAAGCUUGCAAAGGACUUUCAAGCUGUGUUGAAAGAGUUUCAGAAAGCUCAACAAACAGCUGCUGAAAGAGAAACAGCUUAUACUCCUUUCGUGCCUCCAUCCGCCACUCCUUCUAGCUAUACAGCGAGUGAGGAAAAGGUCCCGGAACAGAGGGCACAAGUUAUGGAGUCAAGAAGACAGGAGCUUGUGUUGUUAGACAAUGAGGCUGUGAUCAAAGAAAGGGAGAGUAAAGGAAGAGUCUUUGCAUUGCAAGACGAACCUGAGGUAGCUCGUGUUUGGUUACCAAACAGCGAUUCACCUGGUUUAGCAAUGGCUCGAGCUUUUGGCGAUUUUUGUCUCAAAGAUUACGGUUUAAUCUCAGUCCCAGAUAUCAACUACCACCGCCUAACAGAACGAGACCAUUUCAUUAUUCUUGUUAGCGAUAGGGUAAAUACAAUCCUUCAACCUUCCAUCGCUUGUCACUAA